AUGGCCCCUAUUAAUAGAAAUCCUGGAGUUGGGAACAGCUCUAAACCCUACCAGUUGUCAUCCAUAUCCCCUCUAAUGUUUUCACCCCAUGGAUACUCUAUGAAGUCUGGAGAUGGGCAUAAACUUGUUGCUAUCAAAAGGGCUGCUUCUCAUCAGAGCUCCUAUGCAAAUAAUAAAAUGACGAUGAAUCCCAAAAUGCCCAUGUAUCACAUGAAUCCCACAACAAUCAGCUGUUACAAAAAUGAUUAUUCCAAUCAUUAUAUCCAUUCAGGAGUAUUACCCGUUGGUUACAUUAGAAAUGCAAAGCAACAGGUUGACGGAUAUCCAAAGUUGCAGAAGCUUUACCGUUUGAAGGACCAGCAAGUCAGGAAAUAUGCCACUCUGCCGUUUGGAGCCCGAGUCAAGACCGAAGAUCUUAUUCCCACUUUGAAUUCUUGGGUAUACGACUAUCACCUACAAUUCGACGUGAUUAUGAUCGGUGCUCUCUCAGAGAACCAGCUGCUAUAUCCCGUUGUAUCUCAGUUACCAAUAGACAAGCUCUGUGCAAAACCAGGAUUUUUGUUCAUUUGGGCAUCUACACAGAAGAUUUCAGAACUAUCCAGAUUACUAAGUGAUACAAAUUCCUGGGCGAGGCGGUUUCGUAGAUCUGAAGAACUUAUUUUUGUGCCCAUUGAUAAGAAUUCACCCUACUAUCCAGGUGAUGCCAAUAUUCCAGAGAAGCAGGUGCUGGAAGAAAUUCAAUGGCAUUGCUGGAUGUGUAUAACGGGAACCGUAAGAAGAUCCACAGACAGAGAAUUAAUUCACUGUAACAUCAACACGGAUUUAGCUAUAGAGAACGAGGACACAGACAAUUCAUGUGUACCGAGUCAAAUUUAUAAAGUGGCCGAAAAUUUCUCAAACUCGACAAGAAGGUUACACAUCAUCCCAGCUGCAACAGGACUCAACCAUCCGGUGAAAGUGAGACCGGGAUGGGUCAUCUUGUCUCCGGAUGUGAUUUUGGACAAUUUUGAUCCCAUAAGAUACCAGAAGGAACUAGGAAAGGUUGGUCUUCGAGUUCCCCUCGAUAGCGAUAUCGAACAGCUUCGUCCCAAAACCCCGAAUUGA